AUGGCUGCGGGGCUGCAACAUAUUCUACGAAACUGCCCACGGCUACAAGAACUCAACGUCACGAUACCGCACAAACACAUCAACUCGCUGAAUGGUCUCGGAAACGCUACCAAGCCGCUAUAUUCCCUUCAACGUCUGACGAUCCUCCACGCACGUCGCUCUGAAGAUAGUGAUAAGUCCGAGCCGCUCUUGGCUUCCCUCGAAGCGCCCAACCUACGUCACCUCGAACUGCACUUCUUGCACCUCGCUUCGUGGCAUCUUCCCGUGUUCUUGUCGCCCCAGCUGCGCUACCUACACCUGACCUAUCAUACUGAUACGCCACCUCCGUCCCUUCCAUGUGUCCUGGCAACUCUUGGACGAAUGCGUCAGCUGGAGUAUCUCGGUCUAGACAGUGCGAUACCAUCUGCGACGGCGGAAAAACAAGCCCUAUCAACCGGAGACGAGGUGAUACAUCCUGUGCAUAUGCCUUCGUUGAAGGAAGUGAUGCUCUGCGGAAAAGCACUUGAUUGCGCAUCUCUGCUUCGUCACAUUGAUGUACCCCCUGACGCGAAGCUGUCUGUGAUUCCUGGGCAGGGACCUGCGGCGGAAUGGAUUAAUGAAUGCGUACAGCUCUGGGAUAUCGGCCUCCAGCAUAUCCACCGCUCCGGCAAGGAGGUGAUUGAAAUUCGGAUUGGAGCGGACUCUGAUGGCCCGGGCCCCGCAGUCUCGUGCGUCCAAUACGACAAAGGGAACUCUCCGUUCAAUGCCUUCUCAAUGACGCUCGAUGUGACGGGUAAUGCUCACAUUCAGGUUGCGGUCUUGGAAAAGUUAUGCGAUCGUUUGGCAGCAUUGAAGCUCGAGACCCUGCGCAUCGAUACCGUGGAACUCAAAGCCAUCUCCCACCGACUUUGGGACACCGUUCUGGCCUCACACGAUGAACUCCAACACUUGAUACUCGGCGGCGAGGCAGCUUUCGAACUGCUUUCCGAUAUCGCCAGGGACAACGACAUCAUCCCGAACGUGUCGUCGCUGACCAUCCAAGAUAUCGCGGACUGGCGGCAAGAAAUAGUGCUCGAUCUCUGCCUUCAGCUCUUGCGGAAACGCAACGUCUCGGCCCCCUCAGCCACGGAUACCGUUCGAGACGAUCUUUGGCUUCAGCUCUUGCGGAAACGCAACGUCUCGGUCGCCUCAGCCACGGAUACCGCUCGAGACGGCGUUUCGAGAAUCCAAUCGUUAACCAUAAUAGAUCACGAUCGCAUCUGGGGCUAUCCUCAGCUUCGGCGUCUCGAAGAAAAGGUGACGGUACUGUUCAAGGGGCGCUGA